AUGAAACACGGCUGCCAGACUGUAAAUAGUGACAGUGCCACUUGUCUUUCAUCGAAAGCGCCGUCUGUCAUUAUCGACAACGUCGUGCAGUUUUCCGUCAUUUUGAUAAUUACCCUCAUUACCUCAGUUAAUUUGAUUGAAUUCAGGAAUGUGGCAAUCAAACUUACAUACACAUAUAUGGAGAUAAUUGUUAUCUAUACGAGUAUUAGAGAGAAGUCCAUUCUGGGCUAACAUAUCUGAGAAGCAUGAUACUUGAACUUCUCUGAAUCAUAUUUAUCCUUUUUGUAAAUUUAUUUUAUUGUAAUAUACUCGUAUUAUAUCUGAAGUAAA